AUGAUUGGCGUUGAUGCCUACUCUAGCCUGCCUCGAGGGCCUUCCGGAAGCGGGGAAGACGACGGCUUCUAUUCAGCGCCUCCAGGCUAUCGAUGGCCUACUUCCGAGGAUCAUCACAGAGUUCAGAGCUGGAAUUUCGUGGCGAAGCAACCCAUAGCAAACUUGAACAGUGCAAAUCCUGGACAGGACCAGCAUUCAUACGGCGCCUUUCAUCUGAACCUUAACCACUUGUCAUCAAGCAUAAACAAUGCACCGGCCUUGGCAGAUGUUGUAUCAUCGUCCCAGCCAUGGCAACCUGUUGGAGCCUCAGGACAUAGUGGCUGGCCGGACCAAGAAAAUGGAAGCCAUCUCAUCCAGGGGUACGUUGAUGAGUUGAGAGAUGCAGGGAAUCAGUGGCUCGGUUCUCAACAGGAUCUCUACAACUGGGUGACACAGCCUUGCGACGGGUAUGACGGGCAUGAUGUGGAUCGUGAGUCAAUUGGGUUCGACCACUCUGUGGGGGUCCAGUCUCCUCUUGAUGGAUGUGGAAGCCUGAUACCGUACUCAACAUCACGUACGCCACAGUUGAGAGACGACCCACAAACCCCGUCUUUGUCAACAAGUGCCACUACUCCUGAGUCGACUGGCAACUCUGGACCGCCCACCCCUGAACCCAGCUUGCCGAAGAGCAUACCCAAGAGCCAGUCAGCGACUUUCCAGUUCGUUCAGUAUACUGCCGGAAGCGACAUAGGUGAUAGGACCUCCAAAAAGCGGCUUACUCAUGACGAUGAUGAUAAAGACGGUUCAGCCAAGAUUGUUAGGAAAGAUGUCAUGAGAGACCAAGAAGGGACAUUCAAAGGCCUCCAUAUCGUUUUGCACCCUGGGGAGAAAAUCGUCAAAAAGGUUCGACGAACCGAAGAGCAGAAGAGAACCAGUGCGUUGGCUAGAAAGAAUGGGGCAUGUCCAAAUCCUCGAUCAAAGCCGAUCCAAGUUGAAAUGUUUGCUAACAAUAAGCAAUCUUUUGCAGGCCCAGCGGUCAAUGAACCACUUUUCAUUAAGCGAGAAACGGUUUUCAGGCUUACAGACUUCUCGAAACCUGAUGUUGGCGUCAUUAGGCUGGAGCUCACACAGAACAUUGGCAAACAUCAUUUGGUGUAUUUCUACUCGUCCAAACAAGACUACCUGCACAUGCUCAAGGAUAAUGGUGGUCUCACUUGGGAUAUUGUAUCCAUGGCCAUCGAAUACGCCAAAACUAAAAAGACCAAAUACUCUAACACCAAGUUCCUUGAGCAGGCUUUCCACACUGCAAAGAUCAUCCUCUCGCGUUUCCACUACGCGUGUAAUGGAUCUGUACCGUUGGGCCUUGACUGGAAAGCCUCCCAGGUCUCUUCGAUGGCCAAGCUUGGGCCCAAAGAAGUUGAAUUCAUGCAGAGAAUACAAAAGGAAUUCAAGAAGAGAGAACAUGAUCUUCGCAAUCUCCCCUCCAAACAUGAAUACGAGACUGACGGGCAUUGGUAUCAUCAGCUAUUCAUCGAAGACUGGGACACGUCCCCUGUCGAUGUAAAGGACCCGUACGAGUGACUGGGUGACCGAAACUCUCGGGUGGGGGUAGGACAGCGCUUUCCUGUCAUGGUGGCAUACAACGGGGACUCUGUUCUCAGCACCAGUACCAGAAACUGGACAGACAACACCCAGUAUCCCCACGUAUGGCGGCUUAAAAAGUAACUCAUUUCUUGAAGUAUGGUGUAGAUCGUGAUGAAAGCAUUAUAAAUAU